ACUGCCCCCCUCUCUUCCUUCCCUUGCAGUCCUGGUUUUGUUUGAUGCUUUUUUUUUUUCACCACCCUCCAUCAUUAUCACCUUACAUCCAUCAUUUGGGAUCAGAACGGCAGCCAAUAAAGUUGCCAACCCUUUCUUUCUUCCUCCUCCUCCUCUACCCAAGCUUUAUCUAUUAUCAUCUCUAUAUCUUCUUUUUUGUUCUCCAAGAAGCCCCUAACAAGGCCUGAAAUCAUGUUCCAGAGCCAGCUUGCCAGGUCCUCUUCCUUUAGAGGAUCUCUCAAGGCCCUUGAAGCUGAUAUACACCAUGCCAACACCCUGGCAGAUACUAUUCAUAGAGCUUAUGGUGGUGCAUGCCUUCAGAUGAAGCUAUCUUACAGCCCUCUGGCACCAUUCUUUCUUUUCCUAAUCCAGUGGAUGGAUUGUACUUGUUCUUAUUCCCUCCCAAGUUAUCUUGGCCUUCUCCACAUUCUUGUCUGCAAGGUUUAUACUGAUGGAAAGACUACAAUAUCUACAUUUGAAAGGAGGGCCAGCCUUAGGCAGUUUUAUGCUGUUAUAUAUCCUUCACUUCAGCAACUUGAAAGUUUCUUGAUGGAGAAAGAUGAGUCUCAGGAGAGAGGUCGAUGUAAAGAGAUAAUGGGCAGGAAGAGGAUGGAAGAGUGGAGGAAACUUUCUGAUAAGGAUAUGGAGAGAGAGGAUGAAUGUGGAAUUUGUAUGGAGAUUGGUACCAAGAUGGUCCUGCCUAACUGCAACCAUGCAAUGUGCAUAAACUGCUAUCGUGACUGGAAUACAAGAUCGCAGUCCUGCCCAUUUUGCAGGGGAAGCCUGAAAAGAGUUCGUUCAAGAGACCUCUGGGUGCUUACAAGUAAUGGUGAUGUGGUUGACACUGUGACUUUAGAAAAGCAAAAUGUGAGGCACUUCUAUCACUAUAUAGAUAGUUUGCCUCUCACAGUUCCAGACAGCCUUUUCCUGGUCUAUUAUGAUUACCUAGUCUAAUCUAUAGAUGCAGGGAGAGUGAUGUACAGACUUUGCGAAAGCCGACCAUCAUGUAGAAUGAGUCUGGUGAGGAAAAGUUCCUUCAAUUUCAAUGGCACUUUUCCCAAUUGUGCAGUAGGAUAUCCUUUUCAAUGUUUUUCAGAAUUGUUGUAUAUUUUAAGUUUCAAGGUCCUGUCCAUGUUGUUACUUAUUGCCGAUGGUUGGCAAGACUAUACAAAAAGGAAAAGAAAUGAAGUUCACUCACUCAUGUGCUGCAAAUUUUAGCAGUACGGUUGGAUGA